UUUGAGUAAAAUGGCCACUGACGUCUCUGGGGACCUCAAUCUCAUUCAAGAUGAAGAUGUACUUCGGAAAAUGUGGUCUCAAGCCGAUGACUAUGACAGGAAGAAGGAAAUUCGUCUUAGAAUGUACAAAUUGCGAGAACAGAGAUUAAAGUCCUACUACACCGGGGAUGCCAUUACAGCGAUAACGGACACGCCACCAGCUAGAAAACAUGCAGCAGUCACUCACGCAGAGUCCAUCACAGAUCAGGGAUUUAUGACCAUGAAAGAUAAAGAAAUAAGGGACUCGGAGUCACCAACUAGGGAUCUUCAACAAAGGCAAGGAAAUGAAAAAUACUGGACGACUGUCCAGGACACAACUACUUCAUCAACCGGUGAUGAUAAAAAUUUCACGAAAACUUACAGUAGAACAUCGGACGCAAAAGCAGCUGUCGACGACAAUACUCAAGUUCAGGUUUCCGCAAAAGAGCAAUCAUUACAUUCAGCAGCAACUGAAGUCACAGAUAAUGCAACUACAAAAAAGGAACAAUUGAAAUUACAGGCUGCAUUAUCUUCAGCAUCUGAAACCGUGGGCCCUAACGGUGAACGCAUAUCCUCAAAAUCAGAGCAAGAGGAGUCAAACUUCACGUCUCAUUCUACUACCGAGUCAAAAUCUGCAACUGGGUACUCAAAAAGCUGGCAAUCCUCUAGUUCAUCCAGUUCAUCAAGUAGGAGAGUAUACAGUUCCAGUUCAACCACUCAAGACAAUGCAAUUCAAAACAGAAGAACGUCUACUGAUCGAAAAGCGAUAACAUCUGUGGACGAUGUUCUGGAUAAUGUCUCAUCGACUAGAAAAUCCUACAAUGUAGAUGAAACAGAUUUUAAAAAUACUGAAAUCCGAAAUUCAGAUUAUAAAACUAAAAGAGAUUUCAGCACUGUCGAAAAAUCUUCCACUGAUGAAGUAAAGCAAGUCAGUACCACCAAGGAUUCUGUGAGGAAAUCUAGCGACUACGAUAACUCUAACCUCACGUACUUUAGGUCAAACAGAGACGUACCCUAUACAGACAAUACUGAUGAUGCAGAUUACGAGAUAAAUGUCAAAAUUACAACUAACUCUUCUGUAAAGAAUCAACGUAAUGUUCCUGAAAAGACCAGCACUAAAGUUACCGAAAGAGUCUUCGACGAUAACGUAAGGAAUGAAUCGAACAAAGAAGACUCCUACUUUACGAAGGAGUAUUCUACUAGAACAAGCUCAAAAACUGUAAGUCAGAGCAAUGAUGUGAAUACUUACGAAACAAACAAAGCGACCAGUCCUACGGAAAACGUUUCGAGGAAAGGUAUCAUCAAGCAUCCAUCAUCCCUGGACCUUCCUAAGGAAAGCGCUGAUAGCCAGUACAUGACCACCUAUCAACAAUCGUAUCAGAGAAUUAAUGUUGAAAAUAGUCCAACUCAUAAUGCUUUUGCAUCCUCUUUGCGAGCUAGUCCUGAUAGGUCUCCUGUUAGCUCUCCUACUAGAUCUAAAAGUGUCACCGACCGAAGUAGCCCUGAAAGGAAACUCAGGUCCUCCCCAACUCGUGGCAGCCCGGAAAGGAAGUUUAAAACGACACCGACAAGGACACCCACCAGUCCUGAGCGCAAGUUCCGGACUUCACCCACUACCAACAGUCCUGAUAAAGAUCGAAGAAUUAGUGUCGGUAGUUACACCGUAGAAACCCCCAGAUCACCUGUUCGUAAAGUCUCUGAUAUCACACCAAGUCGCACUAGCGUCACAUCUACCUCAACUGUGACUACUUCGAAGCAAAAGAGAAAGUUCUCCUCGACGAAAAGUAAAGAAUCGUCAAAAAAGAAAGCAUCGACACCAAGUGUUUCCCCAUCUGCUAGUCCAACUCGUCAACUUACUGAUGCACCUGAUUCCGCAGUCGAAUCAGACAAUGACUCCGAUGCAUCGCAGGCAACUUACAGUAAGUCUCCAGUCAACUUCAAGCAGGCUUUUGAAACAACAACAACGACUACAACAGCAGCUUCAACAAGGUCAACGUCCGAGCAGACUCGUAAAUCUUCUCUUAAAAAGACUUCUGUCAGCGGCGAAUCUCCACGCCCAAUUGAUAAAACUCCUCAGAGUCCAGAACGUACUAGCCCAUCCAGAACCCCUGUGGUGGAGGAACUUAUUAAGCCGAAGACCGCAUACAGUGAAUGCGGUUUAGAUUGUGAAACUAAAAUCGAUGAAAAUAUUAUUAGCAAGAAUGUAGUAACAGAAACAUCUCCCGCAGUGAACGAGCCUACUGUCAAGCCUGAAAAAACAUUUACUGCAGGAGAAACUUGUGAGAUUGAAUUUACAAUCAGAAAGAACUCAGCCUCAAAAGGUCCUGAGCCAAUCACACAGAGUCCUAUUUUUAAUAAUGUACGGGACAAGUCACCAGAAUACAGCUCGGAGGGGUCAGUUGGCAAAGAAGUUAAGAGAAUGCGAUCACCCGUUAAAGAAUCACCAAGCUCCAAUCGCUCCAGCCCUGAGCGAAGUGCGUUUGCACCGAUCAAACAAUUUAGAACGAGCCCAGAAAUUAAGAAAACCACGGAACCCUCAUAUCCAGCAGAAAUAUUGCGGAAAACUUCUAAUACAGCCCCGAUUACAGACGCUCCCGUGGGUCGAAAACCUUCACUGAAAAGAUCCUCACCCACUAAAGUUUCCUCUCCAACCAGGAGUGUAUCGUCAAGUGCCUCUCCUGCGUCUAGUCCCGAGAGGAGAAGUCCUCAGAAUAAGAUCAGAAAGCCUUCCGCUUCAGCUCCCGUUGCCGAGGAAACUGAAGUAGUUGAAUCAACUCAAGAAACACGGAUCACAAGGAAAACUUCAGUUCCGCGCUCAAACUCAAAACAGAGCCUUACCAAGAAACAACCCGAGUUAAAGACCCCCGUCAAAGAUAGAGUGACGCAAGGAACACGUAUUCCUUCCUCAACAGAUCUCAGAAGUUCUUCCGUUACUCGUAAAACCAACCGAGCAUCUGAAACAAUCACUAUUACUAAAAAAGCGCCGUCAAAACCAACAGAGGUCACAAGAACUCCUCAAAGAGGUCCUUCCAAUUCAAAUCUCAAAACUGUGAAAACAACGCUCACCACAACGGUUAACGCGUCUCCAAGAUACAGCUCCCCUGUCCGAAAACCAGGGACUCCAACUCAAAUAGCUCGAUUGAAACCAAGCCCCGUGCGAGGAACAGGACCAUCCAACACCACCACUAACAGAGUGACAUCAAGAAGCGAAGUGACAGUAACCGUGUCACCCUCCAGGAAGCCAGCUCCAAAGAAAGAAACUCCGAGCAUGAAACCCAGAAGUCAUGAGGCACCUAAACGCCCCGAAUCUCCCCUACGGAAACCAACCACUUUCUCAAAGGAUGCUAAGACCAGUUCUCUUCGAGCUUUGCAAUUGAUUUGCUCUCAAGAAAUAAAUAAAACUGAGAAUGUUGACAACUUUGAAUAUGAAGUUGACAUCGAUGAAAAUAACCUUGAAGACGAGCUCCCACCAGAUGAUUUUGCGAGUGACGUGACUGACCGUGAAAAUGUCAGGACAACUACCAGGAGUGUGGUCACUAAAACUGUAACUACAAAGGUGACGCCGGCAAAGAAACCAUCUGUUCAAGCUCUUAAAUCUGAUAAUAAAUACAACAGAUCGUCAAAUGAAAAAUUGAUUUCAAGAUUAGCAACUCCCAAGAAACAGCCGACAAAACCAGAAAUUGUAACUCCUAAAACCAGUCGAGUGCCAACGAAAAUUAGUCCUGGGAAAACUCCAGUAGCAAAAAAAGCGCCGCUAACGAAGAAAGGUUCAACUGGCAGCACAACCGGUAGUAAGAAAACAAUUACCAAGAAGUCGUCAAAGGAUAGUAUCAAGCGAGUGGACGAUGACUCUUCUUCUUGUUCUGAGGAUGAGUUGCACGAUGUAUCAAUUACAGUUGAUAGUUCAGAAAGAGACCAGAAGUACGUAGAAGAACUGGAAGAAAUCAGACGCCGAGAUGAAUCUGAACAUGGUUCAAAAGUUUUUGCCACAAGCAACAAAGAUUCAUCUUUGUUAUCCGUCAUUGUCCAACUGCCCUCGUCGUCAAGAGAGUCUUCUCCUGACUAUGCUAGCCGCUCACAGUACUCAGCUGCUGUUAGUGAUGACGGCAGUGAGAAACCUGUGAGGUACGCUGAUAGGGUUAGCGAGCCAGAAGACUCCGAUGUCAACAUGAAGGUGAAAUCUGCUGACUUUCUUCGCGCUGAAGGUCGCAUAUAUGAACAAGUUACUGACCUGGACGAGGAGUCUGAGUCUGAAACCACGAAAGUCGACGUGUCUGUGGCUGAUCGUGUAUCAAAAUUCUUGCAGUCCACAAAGACUUCUAACACUACAACAACUUCCACCACUGAAGUUCAGAGCAAGAAAGAUAAAUCUGUUUUGAAAGCAGCCGCUCUCUUCGAUAAAAUUGUUGAAGACCAGUAUGUCCCCGUAGGUCCUAGUAAUAAAGUAAUUGAUAUAUACAGUAAACAAUUCCCAGGCCACGAAGCCGUCACUGUCGAGGAUAGAUCAGAUCAAUAUCAAGAAAUUCUAGAAUCUGUACUGGAUAUUGAUGGUAGGAGACGAUCAUCAGUGAAUGUCGAUGAAACAGACGACAUUGCCCCAACACGGACUUUCGAUAGGCGACAGUCGUCGGUUGCGUCCAUUAACAAAGAAGACUACAAAGCGUCAAUCAAGGCUUUCGAAAAGAGACGCUCCUCCGUGAAUGUUAACGACGUAGCAGCUGCCACUAAGCUGUCCGAGAAAAGGCGAUCAUCAGUGAAACCUGAGGACGUUACGCCAGUUUCGAAAACCUACGAGAGUAGGAAGUCAUCCGUAAAACCUGAAGAUGUCGCACCGGUAUCGAAAACUUAUGAUAGUAGAAGGUCUUCGGCGAAUGUAGAGAAUGUUGUCUCCUCCACCAGCGUCUAUGACAGGAGACGAUCAUCGAACACGGAAGAUGUAAUACUAGAGAGCAAGACUCUGGAACGACGAAAAUCCUCUAUCCCAGCUGAAACUAAGAGCGAUGAUGUAGUCACGGAAGAAAUUAUCAACGUUGAAGUCAAAGAAAAUAAAAAAGCUCCAUUCGAAAGGAAAGAAUCAGCGUUUGCUGCAGAUUACAAAUCUCGCAAGGACUUCUUCGAAAAGAAAGCAACCACGCCUAUCAAUAGCGUUCCCAGCAGUCCAAGAGCUGCCCCGAAAUUCGGGACCAACUUGAAAACUACCACAAAUCAGACCGUGGAAACCAGAGAAGUUACGUCAUUCACAAGGAGGGACUCUGAGACGCGAAAGUCUCCUGAAAAAGAUCUGUCAACUCCCAGAAAGCCUUCUCUAAAAGAUUCGCCAGUCGAAAACCAGAGACUGCCGUCUAGCAGGAAAUCUCCUGAGAAAGAGGUGCCCAGUAAAGUUGCCUCUCCCAAAGAAGACGCGCCCUCACCUCGUAAAGAUUCUCUCCCUCAAAAGGACUCCUUCACAACUCGUCGGGACUCGUUUUCACCAAAGGAGCCCGCUUCACCACAAAAAGGACCACUUUCAAGAAAACCGUCCGAAAAGGAAGUCACUCCGACUGUUACCGAUACUACACCUACUAAAGCCCCUGCCGACAAGCCUCACGAAUCAACUCUUUUCAAACCUACUUUAUCGUCCUCUAGAAGAAGCUCAACACCUAGAAAGUCUCCAGAACGACAAGCACCAAUCGAAAGACAGCCGUCGUCUAAUGAGUUGCCGCAGAAUGUUCGUAAAGCUCCCGAAAAACCUACCGUUCGAGGGGCAAAGUCCAUUAUGGAUAGACUAAGUAUAUUUGAGAGGGGAGCAACAGAGAAGACAUCUCCUGUCAAGAAAACCGAUUUUAGAGGAUUUGGCAGAACCACAAAAACAGAAUCAUCGUCUACUUUCAUUCAGAACGAACGAAAGGUCGCUGAAGUAGAGAAGAAACCUGAUGAACCCGAGCCAAGUAGUUUUGAAAGGAAAACAUCUCGCACUGAAAUUGUGCUGAAACCUGCAACCCCGGCAGACCAAAAACCUCAAACGAGAAGAGACUCGUCCGCUCGUAAGUCUCCCGAGAGGAGACCGUCCGCCUCUCAACCCUCGCCAGUUGAACAACAACCGAGAGGUCGCCCCGAGUCCCCGAAAAAAUCCCCGUCUGUGUCUGAAUUUGAAAGGAAGAGUUCAUUUACCUCCUCCACCGCUCAAAAGACUGUGCAAGCAGAAACCUCCAACAAAUUCAGCACGACUCUGCGUCGAACACCCUCUCAAUCAGGUCCUACUCCUUCUACUCCCAGCACUGCUGCUACUCCCAAGCGCAACUCUAUCGUUAAGGAGUCUGGAACCGAGAUUGAAGAAAUAUUUGAUGUUCAGCUCCUAGAACAAAUGAUGGAGUCGUCAAAGAAUUACGAUGACCGACGCCGGAUUCGGGCGCAAAUCAGAAUCGCCAAACGAAAACCCGAUACGACUUCCAAGUCCAGCUCCACCUACGAAACAACCACUGUAACCACAACCAAAACAACCAAGCCUACGUCACGGAGCUCUAUCACGGAAAAGGUCGAAUUCGUGACAGCAACACCCAAGGAGAGCCCGAAGAACGAAGCCAAGUCCCAAUUCACUUCGGAAUACAAAACCGAAUUCACCUCAAAAUCCUCGACGACGACCAGCGGAACCAGACCCGUGGAGAGCGAGCCUUCGAGACCGAAAGAGGCGGCUCCGACCGUCGAGUCGAAGAAGGAGAUCGUCCUCGAAAGGAGACCGUCCGGCACAGAUCGGAGCCUCCAGAAAACCGACUCCUUCCACAGACGGGGCUCCAAGACUGCUGAUGGUGUCUACGAGUUCACUGUUACAACAAAACAAUCGUCUCAAAAAUCGUCGUCUUUCGCCACAUCGAAAACCGAGGAAGUUACGGGGACCGAUUCCAUCACCUCCAGCUAUGGCGUGGGCCCCACCGACGAGAACGGACUCCCUCUCUUCGGACUGAAGGCUCUCCGUCGAUCCAACACCAGCAAAACUUUGCUUCUCACAGAUGAGGUUAGCGCGGAACUCAACGGAACUUCCGAACCGGACUCCGGCUUCCGUGACACCGGCGGCAGACCUCUCUUCGGUGGCUUGAAAGCUCUCAAGAAAAGCGCCCCAGCCGAAGACAUGCCGGAACAACCGGCUUCCCCACAACUCAGAGAUCUGGUCCAACGCCAUGAAAAACAUGUCCGUGAGAGUACGACGAUCGAUAACUCUCCGCGACAGAAACCAACGAGGAAGCUGAGAGACAGUUUCGUUCUCCAACCCCAGGAUGAAGAGGAACUGGUCCGAAGCAUCGCCAAUGCUGGUUCCGAACAGAAACAUUCCACAGAGGAAGCUACCUCCAGUCAGAAAACCGUCUCACUCCGCUCCAUCAUGAAGAAACCCGACAAUUUCGAUUCGGGAGCUGAGGUGCACAUGGAGACGAGGCGAAGUGUGAUAAGUUCCCACGGGACUGUAAACGCCGAUGGCACCGUUUCCGUUACCAGGAAUGUUGUACAAGGCAAGAUCUCUUCCAAGAACGGCGAAGAGCCGUCGGGUCUGAUAACGCGGACGCAGUACAACUACGAAGCCCCGAGCAUCCACGAAGAAGGUCGCUCGGAGACGACGACCCAAACCACAACCCUGGGCAACCGGCGCCUCUCGACCGGGCCCCAGAUCACGGAAGCCAUCGCGGACAGCGAGGAAUCCCGGCGCAGCUCCAAACGCUACGUCUCCAGCCGCUCUUCCUCCGGCACGAAGAUCACGGAGAUCCUCGAGAACGGCACCGACUCGCGGAGGUCGUCCACCCACGAGGAGACGGACGGGAAACUCAACGGGAUCCUCAAGAAGUCGGGGAGCGGCAAGUUCAACGUCGCGUCCUCCACGGUCGUCACCACCUCCACGUCGGAGACGGUCACCAAUGGAGACUCGUCCAGGAAGUCGUCGGUCGAUGCAGAGAGGAGGAAGCCGUCGUUGGUCCGCGGUGACUCCAUCAAGGCACUCCAGCACAAGUUCCAGCAAGCCACCGUCUCUUCCAGUUUGAAACAAAACUCAGGAGCCAGUGUCAGGAACCGUUCCUCGUCGAACUCGCUGGAUUCCUCGACGAGAACUACGACGAAAACGUCUCAGCCGGUGGAAUCGAGUCAAAACGAAACGAGCGUGAAAACGAGUAGUUACUCUGUGAAAUCCAAGACUGAGAGCACGUCGAGCGGACCUACCUCUUUCCUAGACAACAAAUCUAAAGUCACUGGUGUUCAAGAUAUCCUCGAGAGGAUGAGGAACGCUGAUCUCGCGUCCGAUGUCACAGAGUCGACAGAGGACCAGGAAGCCCGUUCCUUGCUCAACAAAUUCCUCGGGGCGUCGGUCAUCCUGCAGGGCAUGGAGGCCGGCAUGAAGAGCAUCAACGGCCGAUCCCCGCAGUCCCUCACGACCAACAGCGCAACCCUAGUCAACCGCGUCGAGAAACAGAGAAUGGCAUCUGAAGCCAAAACACAGAACUUAGAUGAAUUAGAUCUUGAAACAAUUUGGGACGAGCAACACCUUAAAAAUUUGUUAGAGGCUUGCACUGACUACGAAGGAAGACGAAAAAUUAGAGCUAGGCUUCGCACAGUAAUGGCUGAACAUAAAGCGUGUGGUGAUGUGACAGCACUGGUGAGCAACUCAGUUGGAGCAGAUGCGUCAAUGACACAGGAUUGCUCGGAAUCAUCAAGUGUAAGCACGAAAACUGAAGGAAAUACAACAACUCGUACUGAAGUUCACACGCACACUUCUACAUCAAGAGCCACACUAACAAAAUCGGGCAGCCUUGCCUCUUCACCGUUUGCUAAAUUUAGACAACUGGAACGACAACACUCUGCCCCUAGUUCGGGUACUGCUCGUGCCCCCAUUUAUAAAAUCACCGACCCUAAGCUUAUGAAUAGCGCUGCAACCAUCAAAGAGAGACUGCUCAGUUGGGUCAAGGCGCAAACUAAGGAGUACAAGAACAUCCAAAUAGAGAAUUUCUCUACUAGCUGGAGUAACGGACUUGCUUUUUGUGCACUCAUCCAUCAUUUUCUACCUAACGCUUUUGAUUACAAUAAACUAACACCAGAGGAAAGACGUUACAAUUUUGAACUUGCAUUUAGAGUUGCUGAGGAAGAAGCAGGAAUAGCUCCCUUGCUUGAUGUGGAAGACAUGGUGAUAAUGCGGCGACCAGAUUGGAAGUGUGUCUUUACAUAUGUGCAGUCAAUUUAUCGCUGUUUCCACAAGUCUAAUCGAGCUGUUCUAGUCUUCAAUUUUUAGUUUAUCUACCUUUGUAACUCUCUCCUAUCGUUUUUCCUGCCUCCUGUAUCUUUACUCACCCAAUCCUUAUCAACUAAGUACAUUAUUUAGUCUUAGAUGUGAUACUGCGGUGCUUCAUCGCAAUCAUUUUUUGUUACCGUAACUCAAGCCCAAACUCGAAUCUUUUUGAAGAUAUUCACAUGCAUCUUUAAUUUAGACCUUUCUGGCUCUUUAAGUGCAAACUGUAAAAAUCGAGGGUCACAAAUGAAAGUGAAUCAAGUAAGAUCGAUAAGAAAGUGAUCCACAAUAACAGUAUUAAGUUGCAUCAUUCCUGUUAGACAGAUUGGUGUCAAAAAAAUUUCUGCCUUUAUACACUGGAUCCCUUCGAGUGGGAAUUCAUUCUCAUGAUUUUUUCUGUCGUGCCUUCUUGCCUGAUUAUUUCAUUUCAAAAUUGUUGCAAACUAAUUAUCUAGUCUACCUUGUUUUUUAAAUGUUGUGAUACUUAAAUUGAACAAUAAGACUAUUCAAAAAUUUUGUACAUAACUGCCCUCCUGUAAAUUAGUGGUGGAUAAGUAAGAGCGAAAAAUAAUCUGUUUGUAAAUUCAUGAAUUUUUAGCAUUUUUCGAAUGCCUUUUGUAAAUCAGAAGUACCUGUAAUGCAUGUAUGUCCAUCCUAAACUCACUCUGUCUCUUUUUAGAUAACAAAGGAGGGUUUUAUUAAAAAAAUGCCGGUUUUUAAACUGGUAAAGAUUAUUCCAGUGACUUUCCAAUCCUGCAGGGAGGAAUGAAUAAAGUUAAUUUUUCUUCACCGCACGAAAAUGAAGCAAAGAAAUUUAAAUAGGAAAAAUAUAUUUUUACUUUUUGUCUGUACUUAUUAAUCAGGCAUUUAUGUGAAUCAAGUUUAACACUCUGUUGUUUUGAAAUGGAAAUGAAACAUAUCCCUUCUUGUUUUGCCCUUGAAUUAUCAUUAUUUUUAGUCUACAGCUAAGUGAAGAUAAAGUCGUUUUGAAAAUACCUUCACUUGGGUAUUUUUAAGACCUAAUCAGAUUUAUUGCAGUUACUGGUGGAUGAGUGCCUUAACUCCUUUCUAUUAAGUACCUACUAACAAUUUCAAAGAAUGCUUUUACUAUGAGUUGGGUCCAUGAGAUAUUUUUCAUUCUGUGUUUCCUGCAAGUAUAGUUCUGUUCUGCCCAGUUUCUCUUCGAAUUGUUGAAGAUCCAUUUACUUUCUCUCUAGCAUUUUACUUGCCAAUCAAUUUCAUUAAAUUUUGAAUAAAUUUACUGAAGAAUAUUUCUUUCUUUUCUUUUUUAUGCAUUGUAAAGCAUAAAUGGUUUUUAAACUUAUUGACAAAUUUCAAGUUUUUAGGUAAUUUCAAAUUUGUCUUCAUGACCCCAACUCCAUGUACUUCAGCAUUACAAUUUUUCUUUUUUUUACUCCUCGCCAUAGCUUAUACGUUCAUACAUUUAAGUAGUUUCACAAAAGAAGGAGCAGUAGGUACAUUUCCUUGAAUUUUUUUUUUUAACUGGAGCAAGAAAGAAAAAAAAAACUAAUCAAAACCUUAACAUUGUUAAAUUCCUUUUAUUUAUAAAUUGUAAAUUUGUUAAACAUUUUAUACUUUUAAUACUAUUAUUUAUUAUUUUUCUAUUAUUUAUUUAGGCUGUCAUAAUUAUUGUUAUGAACUAUGCUUGCUUACUAUUUGUUGCAUCAAAUAUUAUAAGAUAAAGCAUUGAUAUUUACUACGUUUUAAUACUUGAAUAAAAAAUGUUUUAUCAUGAA